AUGUCACGUGUUGAUAAUAUUUUCGUUCAUUUCAGUCAGAGUAAUUUUCUACCAAAGGACUAUGAUGCAGCAACCAGGGAAUUCUACUCAAGUGUCGGAAAGCGGACAAGAUCAAGGAGGAAGAUCUACUUUGGGGUGGCACAGGGGAGUUCUUGUAGUUCAGGGGAUGUGGAGGAAAUUGGCACAGUGCAUGGCAAUUCUGCACCACGUCGCCAUCAAAGACCGAAGAAAAAGAUUUCAGGGAACAAAAAUGAAGAUGCAAGUUCUGCGGAAAUUGAGAUCGAAAGAAUUGAUGAAGCUGAGUUCAGAAGAAAGGAACAACUAUCUUCACCCAUGAGAAGCUUCUCUACGUGGCAAGGACAUAAUGAAGGAGAUUCUGUGGCCUAUUGCAGUGAAAAUGCUAGAGGAAACAACUUUGGCAGGGGAACAACUUACUACUUAAAAUGCUUUAGACAGGAUGCAGCCUUAGUCAUGGAUCAAGAAAGGAGCAAAAGCCAACAGUCUCUCAUCUUUAUGACUCAAGUGCAGAUCAUUAGUUUUGAACCUUCUAGUUUGCCUUUUCAGAAGUUCACAAUUACAGACGACUUGGGAUCAACAUGCAGUUUUACUGAGUCCAUACUGCGUAAUUGUGGUUUUCAUACCGGGCUUUUCACGUCUCCUCACCUUAUUGAUGUUCGAGAAAGGUUCCGAUUGGAUGGGUAA